GUCCCCAUCAGAGUGUCCCCAUACAUUAGGUAUCCCCAUCAGAGUGCCCCUUUACAUCAGGUAUCCCCAUCACAUUGCCACCUUACAUCAGGUAUCCCCAUCAGAGUGCCCCUUUACAUCAGGUAUCCCCAUCAGAGUGCCCCUUUACAUCAGGUAUCCCCAUCAGAGUGCCCCUUUACAUCAGGUAUCCCCAUCAGAGUGCCCCUUUACAUCAGGUAUCCCCAUCACAUUAGGUAUCCCCAUCACAUUGCCACCUUACAUCAGGUAUCCCCAUCAGAGUGCCCCUUUACAUCAGAGUGCCCCUUUACAUCAGGUAUCCCCAUCAGAGUGCCCCUUUACAUCAGUGUAUCCCCAUCAGAGUGCCCCUUACAUCAGGUAUCCCCAUCAGAGUGCCCCAUUUUACAUCAGGUAUCCCCAUCAGAGUGCCCCUUUACAUCA